AUGGAGCAACAGACAGAAAAGCGUUCCAUUGUGGAGGACAACGAUUCAAGCGUGAAGAGACAGGAUACUUCCUGGUCGAAAGGUGUUGCUCAUCUUAAGCCCGAGUAUAUCGUACCGUUUAAGCAAAAUGCACUUCAAGAGGCCCCUGUUUAUGACGAAGAGAUGUCUUCCGAUAGAAUGGUAGAAGAACUGUCCGGUAAUGGUGGGAACAAUAAGAAGAACAAAAAGGGGAGAGGUAAGAAGCGUGGCCAAAACAAGAAUAGAGAUAACAGACAAGUCAAGGAACAAAAUGCCCUGUGCCCCCGCUUGAUCUAUGGAGAUGCGUCCAAAUGUUCCUUUGGUGAUAGCUGUAGGUUCGUCCACGAUAUUAAUCUGUAUCUUUCCACAAAAAAGCCUGAAGUUGAAAGUGACAUAUUUCCUAUAUGCCCGGUUUUCAGCUCAUUGGGAUAUUGUCCGAUGGGAUUCAAGUGCAGAUUUUUGUCAUCCCAUUUAAACAAGGAAGAAAAUACACUUAUAUCAACAAGGGACGUGGAUGUAGAUACUCAAACCAUCUGGUCUGUUAGGGGGGAAGUCAAUCAUAUUUCACCUGGAAAGAAACUGGAUCUAAUAAAGAGAAGGUUCCCAUUCCCUAAGAGUAACGAAGUGUUGGAAAUCAUCGACUCUUUCCAACAGGAGUUCAGAGACUCUGCGAAGUUAGACGAGGAAGCAGAAACCAAGCCCGUGGAAAAGGAACAAAAGCAAGAAUCUCAGGAGCCAAAAGCCCAGGACCAAGUUGCUCAACUGGAAGAGAGAGAAAAAGAGUUCGCGGAACAUAGAGCGAAACAACGUGAAGUGUACUUGAAAUACAAGGACACUCGUUACUUUGCUCAAGAGAAAAAGCCCUUGGAUCUGCAUCGUAAAAAAAUCGUAUCACCAUUAACUACCGUGGGUAAUUUACCAUACCGUCGUCUAAUGAGAAAACUGGGCGCAGAUGUAACAUACUCAGAAAUGGCUUUGGCGAUUCCCUUGAUCCAAGGUACCAAUUCCGAAUGGGCGCUACCCAAGGCUCAUAAGUCUGAGGUGCCUGGUUUUGGUGUGCAAGUGGCUUGUUCCAAAGCCUGGCAGGCAGCUAAGGCUGCAGAAGCACUUGUCGAUUCUGUUAGCGAUAUCAGCGAAAUCAAUUUGAACUCUGGUUGCCCCAUUGACUUGUUGUACAGACAAGGUUCUGGGAGUGCGCUACUGGACAAUCCUGCAAGAAUGAUUCGUUGUUUAAACGCGAUGAACUAUGUCUCGCAGGAUGUUCCUAUCACGGUGAAACUCAGAACAGGCACAAAAGACGGCCAUCCUAUUGCGGAAGGUUUGGUGAAAAGAUUAGUCAACGAGACCGACGUGGCAGCUAUUACCUUACACGGUAGAUCCAGGCAACAGAGGUACACGAAACAAGCGGACUGGGAAUACGUGGGCCAAGUUGCUGAUACAUUGAGAUCUGCAGAAGCGGAAUUUAAAGAAUCUGAGCAAGGUAAGGAAUCACGAGACUCCAAGAAUAGAAUUCAAUUUGUCGGGAAUGGUGAUGUCAACAAUUUCGAAGAUUGGCACCGUUAUCUAGACGGGAAUGCGAACAUUGACAGUGUCAUGGUUGCCCGUGGUGCCCUGAUUAAGCCAUGGAUCUUCGAAGAGAUCGACUCUCAACAGUACUUAGACAAGACGAGUACUGAAAGAUUAGACAUCUUAAAAGACUACGCACAAUUCUCCAUGGAGCAUUGGGGCACUGAUGAAUACGGGCUUUCUCAAUGCCGUAGAUUCUUCUGUGAGUUCAUGUCCUUUUUCCACAGAUACAUUCCUAUGGGCAUUUGCGAGAGAUAUCCCGUUCAGUUGAAUGAAAGACCACCCAAUUGGUGCGGGAGAGAUGACGUUGAAACUUUAAUGGGCAGCACGGACGUCAACGACUGGAUCAAGCUAAGUGACAUGUUUUUCGGCAAGACUGAUGAAAGCUUUGUCUUCGUUCCCAAACAUAAGAGUAGUUCUUUUGCCACUAGGGACUCAUAA